GCGGAAAAGUAUGAAAACUGCUUCGAUAACGUCAGAAUUUCGACAAAUGCGUGGGAUACCAACCUCGUUAAAGUUAAUCCUCUUUUUAUUGCCAUCAAUUGGAACGCCGGCGGAGGUGGAGCUUUCGCCGUGAUACCACAUAAGAAUGUUGGUAAAAUACAUGAUGGCAUACCAUUAUAUCGUGGACAUACAGCUCCAGUAUUGGAUACGGAUUUUGCGACCUUUAAUGAUUAUGUUAUUGCAUCUGGUGCUGAGGAUACCAAAGUAAUGAUUUGGAAUAUUCCAGAAGAACUUGGUGAACCUGAAUCGCCUGAUAUUGAGCCGGUCGCUAAAUUGAAUGGUCACGGACGGAAAGUGGGUCAUGUUUUAUUCCAUCCUGUAGCGGAUAAUAUUCUUGCUUCUUCAUCAGCCGACCUUACUUUAAAGUUAUGGGAUAUUGAAAAAGGUCAAGAAAAACAAUGUUUACAAGGUUUCGUAGAUUUUAUACAAUCCAUGUCCUGGAAUUAUAAUGGUAGUUUACUGGCUACAACGUGUCGUGAUAAGAAACUUAGGAUUUUUGAUGUUCGUUCUGGAAAUGUUGUUCAAGAGGCUUCCAGUCAUCAGGGUAUUAAAGGAUCUAGAGUCGCUUGGCUUGGUGAUACUGAUCGAAUUGUGACAACUGGUUUCUCAAAAAUGAGUGACCGUCAAUUAUAUCUAUGGGAUUCUGCAAAUUUGGAUAAACCGCUAAAGAAUAUUCUGGUGGACACUUCAUCUGGUGUUCUCAUGCCAUUUUAUGAUAAUGAUCUUAAGAUACUUGAUGGUAAUAUUAGAUAUUACGAAUUUGAAAAUGAUGAGUUAUUUUUCCUAAGUGAAUAUAAAUCAACUGAACCUCAACGUGGAAUGGCAUUUAUGCCAAAACGUGGUAUCAACGUAUCUGAGUGUGAAAUUGAUAGAGCUUACAAAGUUUCUAAUAAUUCUGUCGAACCAAUUUCUUUUGUUGUACCACGAAGGUCUGAUGCAUUUCAAUCUGAUUUAUUCCCUCCAACUUUGAGUGGCGAGCCUGCUCUCUCUGCAGACGAAUUUUUCAGUGGUAAAAAUGCAAAUCCCAAAACUAUUAGUUUAGAGAAUGGAUUUCAGGCUAAAGAGAAAAAAGAAUUUGUUUCUGCUGCUCCAAAGGAAGAAGAAACUGUUUCACCAACUCCAAAGACUGAAAAAGAAUAUCAAGAUGCAUACCAUCAACUUCGUCAAGAGAAUGAAGAUCUUCGAAAUCAGUUGGCGCAACGUGAUGUGACAAUUAGAGCAUUAACGAUUCAAUUAGAACAGUUGAAGGCAGGAUCAUCUUAA